AUGCCUCACUCAUCUUUAACAAUAUCAAAGCUACUUCAAUCCUGGGGAUUGAUUGUCUUCAUUUUUUGGAUACCAUCAAGCUGGGCUAUCAAAGACAUACUAUUGCCAGCAAAUGACAUAGAAAGAAUUUCAGAGGAGGAUAUAUGGUUUGAAACUUUGCUCCAUCAAGAAAACAACUUUCCUGAUAUUGUGCUACACACAGAACCAGAUCAUUUUCAAGGUUACAAUUUUGAAAAGUUGGAAUCUAACACACAUGGGUACACUGAUUUUCUUUACCCGCAUGUGCUAUCUAGCAAUGGAUUUAUGAACCCCAGCUUGGAAGAACACUUGAUUUGCUCAGGGGCACCAGAAAAUUGGCACACCUUUCAAAAUAAUGACAAUGUAUGCAUUGACCAAACUUCACCAGCCCUUGAGACCAUUCUUCCCAAGGAUACUAGAACAAUAUCAUCCAAUUACAACACCAAUUAUCCAAUUCAAGAAGGUCUUGAUAGUCACCAACACCUUGUUGAUAUCUGUAAUGAGGAUCAACUUAACUUGGACCAACACUCAUUCUUUGGUCCAAAAAGCCAAUCUGGAACAUUGGAAGCUAAAUAUAAACAACUUCUUUCUGGCCAGGCCAGGCACCCAGCAAGCACUUCUGACCAUAUACACAGCUAUGCAGGCCCAAAAGACUUGGACACUCAUUAUGAUCCUGACCUGGAUGACAUAUUUUCAAGCCUCCAACCCCUUGAUAGCUCUGAAUGUGAUUUUUUAGGCUGGGCUUCACCUAACCGAGGUGUUCUUCAAGAUGUUCCACCCUAUUUUCAUAACCAAAUGGGGAGCACAUCAAGUCAGAUUAUUUACAUAAAUGAGGAAAAUGAAGGCACCAAUACACAUAGGCCAAGCCAAGGUGACAAUAUGGAAGCUGAUGAUACACUGUCUUAUGGACCCCAUCAAUUUAGAUCAGUAACAGACCAGACAGAAUUGUCAAAAGGCAAGAAGAGGCUGUUGAUUGAAGAGAAUGGUCACAAUGAGAUUGAAAGGGGCAAUGGUUUCCUAGUUGAUAUUAGUAAAGAGAUUGGAAAUUUGGAAAAUGAUAAACCUCCAAGGAAGAAACAAACCCAGAAUCCAAAAGAUAAGCUUUCACAAGGAUUAAUUGAUGAAUACAUUGUUCCAGUGACACAAAUGUUUGAUAAAUCUGCAGGGGCACAAGAUUGCCAACAUGUUGGUUCAAUACCAGAUACCUCAAGGAAUUUGUCAAAAGAUGUGAUUGUUCCAGCUAUUAAAAAAGGAAUUCAAAAGAAACAUGACUGGAAGAAGCCUGGCCAGGACACACUUACAAUGCUCAAGGAUAUAGGUGUAUAUUAUGUGGCUAAUUCCCCUGUUUAUGCUUAUAAACUGCCCAUCUGGUUCAAAGCACUCAGGGAUGAUUUGAUGAAGAUUUCAAGUAAAGAUAAAAAUCUGGGAAAGGCAGUGCAUAAAGCAAUCGAUUGUGCACAGUGGUGGGUCACAAUGAGCAUGUUUGGUAUUGUCAUAAUACAUCAUGACCCUGUAUUAGAUAGUUCUUUGCUAGAAAAAAUGUUGGGCCAUAUGUGGGACCUCAUUCACCCUAUCUUUGAGCAAUGGAGGCAUGUGGGGAUCAAGGAUAUGAAGCUCAAAGCACGUCAGAGUUAUUUGCUAGAGCCCCUGUUCCUGUUUGCAUACUUUUCCAAAUUACCCAGAUUGACAAAAAUGUCAUUGAAGAUUUUGGAAUCAAUUUUAGUCAGAUAUAACCUAGACCCAAACACAUCAAAGAUAAAUGUAAAGGAAAUAGGGAAGCUUCAAUGCAAAGCCCAGAGUAUCUACAACCAAGACAUGAUGUUCAUCCAGGGUGGAUUAUAUUCAAGAGCAUCAAUAGGGAACCUUGAAUUUGAGGAAAUGAGAUAUCACAGUGGUCAUAGAAAUUUGCCAUGGACUUCAAGAACUUUGAAUAGGCACAAAAUUAAUGAAUGCAGGUCAAUAUCUAGGUCUGCCAAGUUUCUUAUGCCUAGGGGUUUCGAACUGUGUCAAAAGAUUCACAUUUUUUUUGUAGAAUUGAUUAUCAACUUGCUGAACAAGUAUAAAGUUAGUAACAAUCUUCAUCAAUAUUCAACUCACCAGAUACACUUGUGCCAUACUGUGGUUCUAGAGAAUAAAGCAAAACAUGAGUCAAAUAUGGAGACUAUUGUCAAGGCUGUUAGCCUUGCAGAGUAUAGAAUAACAGUGGGUUUUAUAGGAAUGAUAAGAUCACUCUAUGAGAAGCAGUCAACAGAAACCAAAUUGAACACUAUCCUUGAUAAUGGGUGGAACUUCCUCAAAAAGGAAUAUUCAAAGUGGAAGCUUUUGAGCUUUGAGGAUGGAAUACACUCAGUAUUUUUCACACAGGCAGAAACACUAUCACAAGAGCUGAGGUUUGAGAAAUCAUGGUUAGAUCCAAGACUUUCAUUCCAAUCCCUUUGCACACAUACAAAAGACCUGGCAAACCAUCCAAUAUCACUGACCUAUUUAAAAAUGCUUUUGAAAUCAUGGUUUGAUGAAGCUUCAGAUCCAUACCUAAUGGAAGCACUUGAACAUCUCUGUAGAUUCAAGAUUAGAACAUACCGUUGCUGUUUAGAUUGGCUUAAUAAUAAAACCCCUUGA